AUGGUCUCCACAGCCGGGACGAUUAUCAUCGUCAUCCUGGUCCUGGCCGUAGCUGCUGCUGUGGGCUGGGUUCUGUACGCUCGAUGGCGCGCUCAGAGAUUAGGCCUCCCACCUCCCUCGUGGUCAUCCUUCAUACCCUUCCGAAAAACUGAACAGCCCUACGGCGUCCAGCCCGCACCCGGCGGCGUCGUCGGCUGGUUCAAUGACCAGAUCCGCAAGUUCAGGAAUCGCAACAACCGCACCGCCGCCGGUGCCUACGAGGGUGCUCCGCUCGGCGGCGCCGCGCGACCCGGACGUCGCGGCUUCGGCCCCCUCGACCCCGACGAGGCAUGGGACACACGCGUCGGCACAGAGGCGGAUGCAUACGGCCCGGGUGGCUACUACGAGGAGCAGGAGCUUGGGCUUGCGCCACGACACGGCGCGGAGGACACGGCGUAUGGGGGCGGGAGCAGCUAUCCUAUGAAUCUGGCUGCAACGCCGAGCGCAGCGCCUGCGGGCUUUGGCGAGGAGGAGGGUAGGGGCAGGACGCUUAGCAGGAGUCCCGGCCCCGGCGGACAGGGCCUGGGUGUGCCAGGCAAGUCUGGCGCCAAUCCGUUCGACGACGAUGCCGAGCCGAGCAAUAUGAGCUUGAGAGGAGUCAGUCCACGGCCGAUUGACACGGAGCGAGCCGCAUCGAGUCACGGCAAGGACCCUGGAUCAGGAGAGUCCCCGACUGAGAGGAGAUCGGUUUUCAGGGAGAACGUGUAG